CUCACAACAGGUCGACACAGACAUACACACAGAGCCCUGUCGACUAUCAUCCAUAGGGCAUGCAUUCGGACAUUCAUGUCCUUGUCCGCUUCCAUGAGCAAUCUGUUUUCGCUGGGGAGGAAUUACGAUGCACAAUCACCUUCAGAAACGUGGCCAAUGUGUCAGAGCCAGCCACUCGACCUCGUCAAAGCAGUCGCCGUGAGAGUAUCGGCCAUAUCGCCGCUCAAAUAGCCAAAAGCCAUGCCCCCCAUAGAUCAAACCACGCCGCUCGACCUUCACAACAUGAAAUCCCUCCCGAUCUUGCCCGACAUCAUAGGCCAUCGGGCUCUUCCACCUCUCCUCAAGCUGGCCUCGAUGAUCAUCGGUCUAGAAGUCCAAGGCCCAAGCAACAGCGGUCGGUCUCAAUCAUUUCUGUAACUUCUCCUAUCGCCGGUGAGGUGGGUGACUCUACCGCAAGCAGUUGGGCCAAGCAGCAGAGGUUGAGCCACCAGCGAUCCAACACCACUGGCAACCAAUACGAUGCCUUUCACCAGGGCCAACGAAGACUAUCUCCAACAGGAUUGCAACUUCCCCCGGGGAGGGGCAGACACAGUCCUCCAUCCCAAGAGAGGUCGAAAAGCCGUGAAACCACCCCGGACUUUAAAUUUCCCCUCGAACAGCCAAAGAACAGACGUCACCGGCCACAGCCAUCAGAAAAUCCUAGUCUAUCCGGAUUUGGCCCUUCCAAACCCUCCAACAGUAGACCACUGGCCAGUGAGAGAAGCAGCGGCGAGUUCUACUCACUCAGCAACCACUCACAGGAAACUCUCAUGUCGGAGCAACCUUCCAUUCUGUCCGAAAUCAGGACCCCUCUCAACUAUCCAGCCACGCAGCACCCUCGAAGACCGCCCCUCAGACCUCAACAAAGACCCCAAGCGGUUAAUCUGCUCAUGGGGUAUGCUCAGCUCAGUGCCACAUUUACCUUGGAUGCUUCCCUGAUUGAUCAGUCCCACUUUGAAGAAGUCAAGAACAAGGGAUUUCUGGGAGGUCAAGCAGGUGGUGGCGUUGUUGGAAUUAAGAAGCCCCGUCCCACCAGCGGCUUUCUAGGUGGUUUCAACUUCAACAGCAUCGGCGACUCAUUAAACACUUUGAUGGGAGGUGAUAACAUGAGCAGCGUCAAAGAGAUGCACGCCGUCACCAACUCAAGGGCAGUCCCCCUUUUGUCUACCCCACAAUCUCUCCUAUUCGUUGACCUCCACCUCGAACCGGGUGAUGAGAAGAGCUACACUUUCACUUACCCACUCCCUCAUGGAUUGCCGUCCAGCCAUCGUGGGAAGGCCAUCAAAAUUUCAUACAACUUGACGAUAGGUGUGCAAGGACUUCCAGGAAGCCGUGACACUCACACCGUACGCCAGAUCAACGUCCCAGUACGAGUGUUUUCUGGGGUGAAUCUUGAAGGAGAAAUUUUGGGCCAUGAUCUCAUGCAACCUCACGUCAUCUUACGAGAUUUGGCCGCCACCAAGUCUAUCUCAUCACCCGAUGAACCGGAUGAAGCUCAAAUUACAAGUCCACAGCAAGCCGAGACAUCCACAAUCGAAUUUCUCAAGUUUGUGGAUCGAUUGCUGGACCGCCACCGAAGACGACAGUCGAGCAGUGGAACAUUGGAAGACUUUCAAACUGGGCAAGACGCACAUGAUCAUCGCAAAUCAGUGCAAGCCAUCAGCCGAGCAAUCCAUCUGGGUAAUCAGCUUGGAGAGAGCGAGGCAAGUUCGAAUCGGUUUGAAAUUGCUCGAAACGGGCUGCGAGUAGCAGUGAUAGUGAUUGAUCGACCUCUUCAUCGACUGGGGGAGACAGUGACUGCAGUGAUUGACUUUUCAGAAAGUGAGGUCCCUUGCGCCACAUUACAUUCGACAUUGGAGACGUCAGAAAAAGUCAGUCCUUCGCUGGCGGUUCGAUCAGCAGCCACCAUCAGCCGGGUGACGAGAAAGACGUAUCUGGCAAAGUCGGAAAACGUUCUUUUCUCACAACGAGCAACAUUUGCGCCUGCCAUCCCAGGGUCAGGGACACCGACAUUUGUCACGACGGGUGUGAGUCUCGACUGGUGUCUACGUUUUGAGUUUGGUACAAUCAAGUUCCACGAAGGCGAAGAUGGGGAGCCAAGAAGCAAGACAGAACUGCUUGAAGAGGUGAUCAAGGAUGAACGAGGGACUAUCAAUGUUGCGGUGGAAAACCUGGAUUGUGAGACAUUCGAUGUGGUGAUUCCGUUUACUGUGUACGGAGAUGUUGUCCCUGAUGGUAAAGAAGGGGAUGAGAUUGUUGGGAUACCGAUAUGAGUGUCGACCCAUAGACUCUGGCUGGAUUCAUGAGAGCGUGGAAGAAUAGCCCUGAAUCACAUAGAGUCAUUCUAGACGGGGGCAACUUCAGG